UCAGCGCUAGACUUUCUCCGGAUGCUGCUCCAGAUAGGUGGACCAUGGCGGCGUGCUGGAGGCUCCUGAGCCGGACUGUGUCAGUGCUGGGUCAUGGACAGGUGUGCAGGAGCGUCCUCCUCAGUCAGACCAGGGAGAAGAAGAGGUGGAUGAAGGCUUACACGCUGCUCAUGGAGAGGAAGAGGAGGAUUGAGGGAGAGCCGGCGCCGAAGCCGCGCUCCCAGCAGCCGAACUGGGACUACCACGCUGAGGUUGAAGCUUUUAGCGCGCGGCUGAAGGAGAGUUUCUCAGUGGAGCUGCUGAAGACGGCCUUUGUGAACCCCUGCUACCUGCGCAGCGAGGAGGAGAGGAGGCGGACGCUGGGCCUGGACGCCGAAGGUGCUGCUCUGAACCUCAGAGACAACACUGAGCUGAGAGAACACGGCCAGCAGUUCACACUGAAUUUCCUCAAAGACUGGUGCAAAAGCAGUUUCCCCAACCUGCCCGAGGCGGGAGUCACAGCCAUUGUGAGUCACCUGACGGGGUCUGAGGUUGUGUGUGAUGUGGCACGGAACCUGGCGGUGGAGGAACUGGCGAUGGCCGCUGAGUUUCCUGUUCCACAAGACAUCCUUCGGGGAACAUUCUUCGCUGUGGUUGGUGCUCUGGAGCAGAGCAGUGGGACUGAGAAGGCGAGGCUUUUUGUCAGGGAUUUCCUGGUGACACAGCUGAUAGGGAAGGAUCUGUUCGAUAUGUGGAGGGUAGUGAAUCCUAUGGGGCUGCUGGUGGAGGAGCUGACCCGUAGAGGAAAGGCCCUCCCUGAACCACGGCUCAUCCAGUCCGCUGGGGCCAGCACUGUCCUUCCACUUUACUUCGUUGGCCUUUACAGUGAUGGAAAGCUGCUGGCUCAGGGGCCUGGAGAGACACUACUGGCUGCAGAGGAGGAGGCAGCCCGAGUGGCUCUGAGGAAACUUUUUGGCUACACAGAAAACCGCAAACCCUUUGACUUCUCCCCACCCCAAGAGAAGCCUCGAACAGCAGCCUCCCGGGCAGCUGCCAGUGGAUAACGCACUCUGAUCUCCUCGUUCUCCAGCUGGCGUACGCUUUCUUCUCUCUUCACUGAAAAUGCAACUUGGGCCAUUUCUCUAGGAGAGCAUUGUGCUUACAAGAACAUCUGUAGACGUUCAGUGUCUCUCCUUGUUUCUCACACCUUGCUUCAUUCAUUUCAGUGUGGAAGACAUCGAUUCAUUCAGCAGCCACAGAAGUUCCACUUACUGCUUUGGUCAAGGAAAGCUUUCAGUACAUGCCUGCUUCAGUUCAUCUAACACCACUCACGUCUCCUACCUUCAGUUACAAUGAAAGACUUGCAGAUAUUGUUACCACUAGACUGACCAAACUGACCAAAAUUAGACAUUUCUGAACCGCAGUCAUGCUGGAGUUUUCCAUAUGGAAGCCCACUGAAGGUGCAGUUCAAAUCUAAAGCACCCUCCUGAAGUAAUGCAUUGGACUAUCAGCAUUUUUUGUGUAUAAAGACAAGAUGGAGAGAUGGAAGCACUUGGAAACCAUGCACUGUCUGGAUAUUAAUGUUCUGGAUAAGCACACAUGAUCCAUCCAUGCUUGGGUGCUCUGUGAUGAGAUUUUUCUUUUUGCCAUGUUUGCAUAUUAUUAUCUAUAUUAUUCAUGUAAGUUGUAAUGCACUGUUGAUUUAAAAGUGCUUUUUUCCCCAGUAUAAGGGUUAAUGGGAUUGUAUUCUGUGGACAAAGCAUGAUUAAAUUCAGAAGUGUAAAUCUGAAUGUGCUACACUGAUCAACACUAUUGCAUUAGUUAUAAAUAUAUAUGGAACAAGUGUUA